UGGGAGGGGCCCGACUGUCAGUCACCACGUCACCAAAACUAUAUAAUACCCGCCGUCCAGACGCUGGGGUUUACCAGAGACUUGGGGUUUACUUCGGGGAAUGAAACGACAGUGAAAGUAAACAGAGCUCCGAUAAAAUUAAGUAAACAGUGUUUGUAAGGUGAAAUUAAUUUAGUAACAACCAAGUUACAACAAUGGACGUCACAACAGAGGCGAAGCAGAUUAUGAUACAGGCUCUUGGUAAAAUGUACAGCUCGCGCACACAGCGUGGUGGACUCCGGCUGCACCGGAGCCUGUUGCUGACGCUCGUCAUGAAAUCUGCCAGGGACAUAUACCACUCGUCUCGGCUGGCAAGCGAGAGCAUGCGACAGUCUGACAUAACCAGUGUCAUGGAGAACACAUCACAAACAAAAGAGCAUAUGGACACAACGUUCUCUGCGGUAUCUGAAGUUCCAACUGCUCAGUGCGCGACACAACCUACCGAGGACGGGCAAAGGUCCGGGCACGAGGGUGAUCCACAUCUGCUCAACCCUGCAGGAGUCACGGUGGACAAAGAGAACUGCAGCCCAACCGGACUGGACCGUCACUCUAGAAAGCGACGAAGCAAAACAGCCACAGAGCCUGACUUCCUACCAUGCAAAAAAGCAAAACUGGAGUAUGUGGAGCUCAGAGUAAUUCUUCAGACAUCACAGAAUAGUUCCGCGAACUGUGGUAGAGAGCUGGACUCGUUGUCACUCGUGCCUAUGCCAAGAACAAUUGUCACAUUUUGAAGGGACAGCACUGAGAGAGAAACGUGUGUUGUCGCACGUAGACGUCACAGUGUUCCUGUUGUGGUAAAAGGUCAACAGCACUUGACUUAAAGGGGUCCCAAAUCAGUGGAGCAAUGUCAUGACAGUUGAUUAGGCUAGCCUACUGAUCAAAGAGCGGGCUGUUUUGGAAACUUGUGACUUAUGGUGCGACUAAUGCUCCUCUGAUUCAGUGCAUAACAACAACACGGUUCAAGUACCUACCUACGAGGAGUGUAAAUUAGAAAAUCUUCAUGGACAUUAAAACUAUUUUUUUAUUUAAUUUAUUUAUUUACCAAUUAUGCAUUGUUGUUUUUACUGUGGUUGGUCCGAAUAGACAUGAUAUAUUAAGAUACAAAAAGCAGACAGUAUUUGAUAUGAAUUUAUCUACCUCACUUUGUACAAUAAAAGAUUC